AGCCAAGAAGCAGUAGAAUAAAAAGCAGAGGGAAAUAAACAGGAAGUGGUGGAUGAGCAACAGCACCCAUGCCUGCAGGAGCUGUUGGGAGAGAUGGAAGAUGCAGAGUUUGAUGAUAUUUUAGAUGACUGGUUUAUCGAGUCACUGAAAACGUACAAAGACCUUCAUGUGUAUCAGCUUGAACAUCCCACCCAGGUCCUCGAGUGGACGUCAGGGAAGACGGUCUGUGUCGCAGGCUAUAGUCAGUCCAAAAAUGAAAUUUUAGAACUUCGCUUGCCGCUGAAACUUCUCGCUGAUGAAAAUAAGAGUCUCUGCGCAGAGCGGGAUUUUAAAGUUUCCCAUGGUGGUUUCACAGAUGGCCCGGUUCGCUGCCUCAUACACAUCCCUGGAACAAGGUGUGCUGUGACCAACGACGGGCUGAGCUCCGACCUGCAGGUGUGGGACCUUGGAGGAGAAGAGAGCGAUGUGAUCAGGAGAACAGGAAGUAUUAAGGGAAAAAAGAGUGCUCCAGAGAGAGGCAGCAGGAUCGCAGCUCGACCCUCGUCAGCACCACAAGUUCUUCACGGAGCUCAGAUCAGCGACGUCCAGCUGACUGAACUCGCAUCAGGAGAGUCUCUCUAUAAACUGGAGACCGACUCAGCAGAUCCUCUGAGUUCCUUACAGUUCGUGAGUGACACGGUUUUCCUCGCUGGCUGCUGUAACGGGAGUGUUUACGUUGCCGAUACUCGGACGUCUGCUCCUCCUCAGCUUUCACAUUCACCAUCUUCGGACAAGUCUGUCAUCUGGUGGACGGACGGUGCUGCACGUCCACAUCCAUCCAGCUGCAGGGUCAUCAGAGUCUCCUCGUCUGGACAGGUGGUGAUUUCAGACUUGAGAAAUCUGGGAGGGGUGGGGUGUCAGGCUCAGCUAGACGUCCAAACACCAGGCCGCUGCAGCCAGGUCGAUGUCAAAGUGUCGUGGGCUCCAACACUGGAUGACUGUGUCUCAGUGUCAGGUUUCAGUGGCGUUGUUCAGAUCUACAACACCCGUCUCUGGGGGGCGGAGCCGCAGGAGGCUCGACCGCUGUUUGAGCAUCGCGGACAUGCAGUUUCAUCACAGCAGACUGAUGACAGCGUCCCCACCUUCGUCACCUCCCACAUCUGGCAUCCCGAGCGGCCGCGGACGCUGCUGUCUGCAGCCUCGGAUGGCUCCGUCCACGUCUGGGACUGGGUGGACCCGGAUCGACAGGGUGGCAGCCCAACACCAUGAACAAAGUGAAGAUCCGGAUCGCCUGGGACGAGUAAGAUGAUAGAGCCAUGUUAUAAAUUACUGAGGCACUGCUCCACAAACUAAUGUGGAUCAGUAAAAAGGAUCAAUUGCUGAUGCCGUGACUUUAAAACUUUCCCGUGAAGAUGACAUUACUUCUCGCCUUUUUCAUGAUCAAACUGGAAUGUGGUUAAAGAAACAAUUUAGAAGGAAAGCAAACUGAUGGAAAUGUGGAACUUGUUUCAUGAGAAUCAAACUGAUCUUUGCCUUUAAAUUACAGAAAAAUUGCUGUUGGAAUGAAGUCACAGCUGUUCGCGGCGACUGCUCUCAUUUAGAAACAAAUUGAAGCAGAUGACUGUCGGUUUCGAUUACACAACAUAUUUGUACUGCAUUUUUUAUAAGGUGAUAAAUGUUUGUACCUUGGAUGGCUGGGUAACAUUAUAAGUGUAAGGAUCGGUUAACCUAAGACACAAAGCAGUAGUGCUGCCGUGUUGGGAGAAACAAGUGUGUGACUCAGAACUACAAAACGUGAAAUAUGUUUUUAUUGCAUUAACUGUGUUGAUGCUGUGAAAAUGACACUUUGUUUACUUAUCAGUGCAAAUGUAACCAACAAUCUGCUGUUUAGAGUCUGUCUUUUGGCCUUACUUUAACCCUGAUACUGAGCAGCAGGGCCCCUGCUUUUAUAAGCACUUAGAGCCCAGCACAUGAGUACCGCAGGCCACCGAUAGCUCUCAAGAUGGACGACUGAAACAGUUUAAAGCUUUCUGCAUAGAUGUCUAAAGGUUGGCACUGACUCAGGACCAAAAUUUGGAUUUGGAUGGCUAUUUUUAAAACACUUUUUCACUUAAAUAGUUCUUGCAGAUAAACAGUGUUUAAAGAUCAUGAAAAACUAUAACCUCUUUCCCUUUUUGCUCAGUCCUCAUUUUGGUUAGACGAUUUUACAGUUUGAUUAUUUCCGAUUUUAGUGAACUGACACUCGAAACGCAAGGUGGAGACCAUUUCCUCUGCAGACGGUGCCUCUGUUCAAGUUUCACUUCUGUUUUGCAUUUUGUUUAGUCUCUCUUAAUGACAUUUAUCUCAGCUACAACUUUCUGCAUUUGCUGGAAAAUACUGAGACUACAUGGGCAAAAAAAACAUUUUGGAAAGUGCAUCUCCCUUUUUAUAAAUAGUUCCAAAAUCUGAAAACAUCUGUUGCGAGACGCCACAUCCGUGACGCAGCGAUGUAGCAAUAACAGUGAGUGUGAACCGCUGAGCACAGAUGAGGAUCCUGAGGCCAGAUUUUAGUUGAGUGAAGCAACUACAGCUCAAGUCAGGAGGGUUUUUCAGAGUUAUUCCUGACUCAUGUUUGUUUUCAUUUGCAGAAAAAUUGCAAUUUCCUUUCAGAAUCAAGGCCAACCUUUUUAUUUAAUACAUUUUGUUAAAAUUAUAAUAUCAUUACAGCAGGACAAAUGCUCUUUAAACCUUUAAUAGGAGGCAUUUCAGUACUUAAGCUGGCAUUAAACUGAAUAUGAAUGUGAUAAAGGUAAUAUCAAGGCAGAAACAACUAAUUGACUAGAAGUAUCAGACAAAUUGAGGUUGCAGUUGCUGAACUAUAAAUUAGUUUCUAAAUUUAGAUGAAUUCCUAAAACCUUUUUCCUCCUGACUGCUCUGAAACCCACAUACCUGCUGAGCUCUCAUCAUUUGUUCCCCACUGAAGAGUCCACUGUCUUUGUCUCUUUGUACACAGAGUAAUAAAUCCUCAAAAAUGAAAGAACACUGAACUAAAUGCUGUAUCAGUCAGUGUGCAAGUAUGUGGUUUUUACUACCGUUUGAUUAACGAUGCCACGACUUUCAGGAGCAGCUGUGACAGGCACUGUAUAGCUGCCAUUUUCAGCAUUUGUGUUCAUUUGUACCGAUCCAGCAGAAACUGCUGGUAAUAAUAAGUCAAAGCGGGAUAUCAAAACAACAAGCUGACAAAACCAAAGACCUCUCAGAGAACUGCGCUGACAUUUUGAGUGGCUUUUCCAUUCUGACCUUUGUUCCUUUUCAGCCUCCAGAAAAGCAUAGCAGGUGAUUAUUAAAAGCCCAAUAAAAGACAUUCGCAAACAUCACUCACUGCUGCUGCUUCCAAGGCCUCUGAUGUCAAAAAUGUAAUUACUUCUUCUCUUGACUCUUUACUCCAGUGUCCACAUCGCAUUUAAAGGAUGUCUUAAUGUCUUGCAACAGCAGUGUUGCUUUGGCCUUUAGCUUUCCACAAUUUACUGCCUCCCCUUUAAUGUAUCAUGUAAUGUUUGUAGCUUUAAUGUGAAACAUAAGUUCUCCUUGAGAGCUUUGAGUCUGAAAUUACCUUUCUGACUCACCGAGCAAAGGGAAAAUGGGAAAAUGAUCCACUGGCCAAGUAUAUUUGUUACUUGGCCUAAAUAAUAAAUGACCUUUCUGUGUCACAUGUA